GUUAUCGAUACUGUGCUUUGUCAUUGGCGCUGAGACAAAUUAUGAAGUCUGCCUCACGGUAACACAUUGCACGCGGAAGACCACAACCAAAUGAGGUUUGUUCGCUAAAGAAACAACAAAUGCCAUAAAAGAAUAGAGCUGCUUUUUACAAUUAGCAAGAUAGACGUUUUCUUGUAUAAACAAAAGGUUCAAGCGAUGUUUAUACCGAUGGAUAAGGGAACUGCUUCGUAUAUUUUAGCUGAUGCAAACUAUAAGCAUGUUAAUAUAGACCUGUCAAAAGAUAUAGAUAGAAGAAUCUCAGAGAGAGAAAUAAAAAAAAAGGUCCUCGACGACUGGGAGGUGAGACACAGACGCACACGCGUCUUCGAACGUCGACAUAACAGUACAUACACACACAUAUCACAUAUCACAUUUUCCCAUCGACGCACUAUUCGGUGCUGCUGUUGCCUGUUUACCUGCCUGGAUUCGUCAAUUUUUCUUUUUUAUUUAUUUAUUUUCUCUUUCUCUCUCUCUACCCUGCGUUCCUCCCUUUCCUUUUUUCCACUUUAUAAUUGACUGGUUGACAUAUUUUCUACGUAUUCACUGGUGAAAUAGCAUUUUAAAAGCCCUGCAUCUCCAUACAUAUUACGGGAAUACAGCAAAGUGCUCGCGCCGCCCCCUUCCUCAUUCAUUCAAGAACGCC